UCUAUAUAUUCGUUGUAAUUAUCUCGUUUUUUCUCUGCAUUUAAUUGUGUGCCUUGGAGAUUCUUAGAAGUUUGGGUCACUCUCCUCGAAAAAGCAAAUGACAAAACCAAAUCGUUCUUCAUCAUCAGAAGCUGAGAGUUGCAGCAGAAAUAAUAAUAGCUCAAACUCAUCCCCUACAUCUUCUUCAUCUUCUUCAGAAACUCGCAGCAAAGCUAAAAGACCUAGGGACGACGGUAAAUCCCCAGUUUACAGGGGAGUGAGAAUGAGGAGUUGGGGAAAAUGGGUGUCUGAAAUCCGCGAACCCCGCAAGAAAUCUCGCAUUUGGCUCGGCACUUUCCUCACCGCAGAAAUGGCAGCUCGUGCUCACGAUGUUGCUGCUUUGAGCAUCAAAGGUGAGUCCGCCGUUCUCAACUUCCCUGAGCUUGUGGACUCACUUCCUCGCCCGGUUUCAUUACUGCCCCGUGACAUCCAAGCCGCCGCUGUUAAAGCUGCUUCAAUGGUCAACUUCAACACCCUAUCAUCAUCUUCUUCGUCAUCGUCUUUGGUAUCCGAAUCUUCAUCUCCGUCAGAGUCCAAUGCCUCAGGAGAACCCCAGGAGCUGAGUGAAAUCAUUCAGUUACCCAACAUAGAUGGGAAUUUCGACUCGCGGAACGAAUUUAUACUCCUUGACUCGGUCGACGGGUGGGUGUAUCCACCAGUAGAUUUCUACGGAGGAUUCUAUGAUCAGCUAUGGGUUACAGAGAAUUCAACAGCAGGCAGCUUUGGAACUAGUUCCCUGUGGGAAUAAUUUACGACUUCCUCCACUCCUUUUCUUUAUUAGGGUUACUGUAAUUCUGUACGGGGAAUUAUUCGAUUUGUUUGCCUAUAUUUUGUUAACGGGUAACUUAUCACUUUCCAUAGUUUUUGUAAUAUAUGAAACCACACAAGUCA